UACGAAGUCAAAUUGUUUCACUUCUCUCACUUUCCCCCUUUCCAAAACGCACUGAACACACACACACACACUCUCUUCCCCAAAUCUCGCAACCAUGGCUCCCGGUGGCGAUGCUCCGGCCGCCAGAUCCGGCGGAAAAAUCUUGAAAGAGAAACGAAUUGCCGCCCGAAAGACCCCCUACGACCGCCCUACUCCGCCCCAGCCCCAGCAUCCACCAGAAAGCCCUAAUUGGCUCACUGGACUCGUUUCGCCUGCUAAAUUUGUUGCUGGCGGUGCUUCUAAAAUCCUAUCUUCCAUUUGGAACCCUACAAGUUGGGGCGCGCGUUCAGUUACUUCUUCAGAUAGUGAUGAUGAGUCAGAAGAUGACUCUGGAGAUGAUGAAAAUCCUUCUGAUGGGGUAAUUGAGUUGAGUAAGCAGAAGUCGUCUCAGAAGCGUGAAACUUUGCACUUAAUCGAGCAGCUACUUGUUCAUGAACAUUUUUCGAGGGAAGAGUGUGAUAGACUAAUAGAGAUUAUCAAUUCACGAGUUGUAGAUGCAGGACCGAGUAUGAUUCAUAGCAGUGCUAACAAUGAGACUUAUGAUAUCCACAGCCAAGCUAUUAUGGAAGCAAAAAAGUGGGUCGCGGAAAACAAAGUUAGAUCCGGUUUAAGAUCCGAUUUCGACAAUGGAAUCUUUGCUCUUAAAUCUAUUACGACACCACAGGCUACUGAAGCGGACGCGGGCUCACCAAUCGAUGUGGCGAAAUCAUAUAUGAAAGCUCGUCCUCCAUGGGCAUCUCCUAUAAAUCAUGAUACUUCACUAACCAGCCCGUCACCGUUAGCUGCAGAUUUGUUUAAGGAAAGAACACCAUUUUCUUCUGGUGCUGGUAUUUCUUUCUCAUCAGCAAAGAAGGAUUAUCUUUCUGCUGGAUCAUGGAACAUUCAAGAAGAAAUUCGCCGAGUGCGCACUAAAGCAACUGAAGAUCUGCUAAACAGCCAUCGAUCUGUGAAACUCGCAUUAUCUUCACUAGAACAUGACACUCCAAAGCAUUCAUCAGCAAUUGAGACAUCAAUCAUUGUUGCCGGAAGAACCGAGCAGAUCAUUUUGGAAACACCGAAAUCAGUGGAUGAAGUUGUCAACCUGGCUGCCGAAGACAACAAGCAAAACGGUGCAGAGAAGGAAGAAGACACCAGGCAACCCGAUGCCGGGAAUCCAGACCACGAAAACGAUACUAUGGCUAAUGACAUAAAUCAAGCAGAAGACAACAAUUGUUUCUUCAUGACCGAAUCACCCGACAUUCCUGUCGUUAGUAAUUCUCAGGACAGCUUCAACACAGACGAUCAAAGUCAGACUACAAAGAAGAAAGACGGCAUAACCGAAAACCAAGUGGUGACCAGGGCUAGUAGAAGCACCCGUAGAGGGAGAGGAAGAGGUAAAUGAUUGGGGCGACGAGGGUAGUUCGGUAACUUUGCUUUAUUACAUGCUGCAUGAAGGAAUGCUGUUAGUUCAAAUGCCAUGUUAUCGUAACCUUAUUUAAUAGCAUGUUCAUGUUUAAAAACUGAUGACCGAGACCGAGUUUGUGUUUAUGUUUAGUGUUUAGAGUAGGUAGUGUUUGACUAACCAUCUGUAAUUCAUGAGCAUAUACUUUGUGAUUGAUGUAUUGUAAUUUCCGUAGAGUUUUUUUAAUUUUA